AUGGGGAAACUACCUUUCUUGGAAGUUCUCUACAUUAAGCAAAUAACAGAAAUGAAGUUGGUGGGAAGGGAGCUUUUGGGAGUAGAAACUUCGUCUUCUUCUUCUUUUUCAUCAAGCGAUGAUGUUGUUGUGUUCCCUAAACUGAAGGGGCUGACGUUUAGUGGCUGCCACAAAUGGUGGGAGUGGGAGGACAUAACAGCGGAAGAAGAGGAGUCUGUGACCUUCUCCGUGAUGCCAUGCCUCACACGGUUGUCUAUCAAUUGGUGUGAAGGUAUGAAGAAGCUGCCACAUCGACUCCUACGUAAGGCUUCGUCUCUGCAGAUGUUGAGCGUUGAGCAUUCAUUGGAGCUAGUGAAAAGUUACGGAGACAAGAAUGGUUGCUUCUGGAGAUCCAUAACCCAAAAUAAUCCGCAGCUUCAGCUCCAACUUUAA